UUUUCACAAAUCACAAAUCACCAUCACUCCAUAUUUCCUAAUCACCAAUCACAAUGACCAAUAACUUCUCUUUCUUGACAUGGGUGGACCACUCAACACAUCCGGUCAUUCGAGGAGACUUUGUGCGGUCAAGGAUACGGACGUUGGGAUUGGAUCUCAUCGGCAAUGGCAAAGAUGCCCUUCAACAAGCCCUUGAAAGUCCCUUGCCAUUGUUUCCAAGAAACCAUCCAUAAGGUAUUGGCUUAAAACUUAAAUUAAAUCCCUCUUCUUUUUCAGAUGCAACAAGUCAUAUUCAAUCAAAGUUCUUUGUUGUUUGAAGUGAUUAAGCCCAUACAUUUUCCACCUUCUUGAGAUCAAACCACCCAAAUUCAAUACGUAUACAGAGUGUACAAAAGAACAUAACUGCCAAGGAUGGUUGAUGCUGUUGUCUCUUCCGUAGUGCGGAGACUUGGUGGUCUUCUCAUUGAUCAAGUAAUUUUUUUGCAAGGAGUGAGAGAUGAAGUCAACUAUCUGAGAACCAAAUUGGAAUACAUGUUGUGUUUCUUGAAAGAUGCAGAAGAAAAACAAGAUCAAGACAGUAGGAUACGCAAAUGGGUAUCCGAUAUUAGAGAUGCUGCUUACGAAGCCGAGGAUAUUAUUGACAAGUUUAUUCUCAAAGUUGAAGAAGGAGGGAUUCCCGAAAGGACAGGGUUCAAAGCUUGCCUCAGAAAGUACUUUUGCAUCAACAAACAAGGAAACAAGUAUGGGAUAGGUAAGGAGAUUCAAGAAUGGAAGAAUAGACUCGAUGAAAUCGAUCGAAAUCAUGAAAUUUUCAAGAUUAGAAAUAUCGAAGCUGCUGGGGAGGGAUCAAGUGGCUGGGGAGGGAUCAAGUGGCAUGAAUGAGAGAUUCAAGCAACUACGAAGGACAACACCUUAUGAAGACGACCAACAUGUUGUGGGCUUCACCGAGGAUGUUGAGUUACUGACAUCUGAACUUCUCCGAGAAACGCCCCAUCAACGUGUGAUUUCGAUUGUGGGCAUGGGCGGUUUGGGUAAGACGACCUUAGCUCGAAAACUUUACAACUCUAGCAGUGUUGGAGAUCAAUUUGAAUGUAAAGGUUGGGUUUCUGUAUCCAAGGAUUACAACAUCCAGGAUCUUCUUCGAAGAACAAUAAAAUCCUUCACGACGCCCACCACCAAAGACGAAUUGGAGAUGUUGGAGAAGAUGGGAAAAGAAGAUUUGGAAGGCCGUUUGCAUGAGUUGUUGAAAGAAAGUCGAUACCUGGUGGUGAUUGACGAUGUAUGGGAUACAGAUGCUUGGGCAAGCUUGAGGAGAUCCCUGCUAGACAACAAGAAAGGAAGUAGAGUAAUUAUCACCACUCGUAAGAAAGUUGUUGCCGAGAGUUCUGGUGAGAGAAAAUUUGUCCAUGAGCUUUCAUUUCUACAAGAAGAAGAAAGUUGGGAAUUGUUUUGUAAAAAAGUGUUUCCGGACUAUGAUGGGGUCGAUGAUAAAAUAAAUCGUUGCCCUCCAAGCUUGGAGGAAUCGGCAAGAGAUAUGGUCAGAAAAUGCCAUGGCUUACCCCUGGCCAUAGUUGUCUUGGGUGGGCUAUUGUCAAGAAAACAUCCUGAUGAGUGGCCCAAGUUGCAGGGCCGCUUCUGGCGGCAUGUAAGAGGUGACGACUUUGAAAGCCAUGACUCGACUCAUGUUACACAAAUAUUGGCUUUAAGUUUCACCGAUUUGCCUCAUCACUUGAAGUCGUGCUUUCUUUACUUGGGGUUGUUCCCUGAGGAUUUUGAAAUUGAUGCAGACAGACUUAUACGGUUAUGGGUGGCAGAAGGUUUCAUACAACAAGCAGAAGGAGAAACCUUAGAGGAGACAGCUGCAGAACAUCUAAAUGAGCUGAUUGACAGAAACUUGAUUCAAGUAGCUCAAAGAAACUGGAUGAGAAUUAGAAGAUGCCGAGUUCAUGAUCUUCUUCGGGAUUUUGCAAUUGAAGAGUCGAAGGAGUUAAAUUUCCUUCAUAUCUAUGAUGGAAAUGUUUAUUCUGCACCCUCUCCCUGCAAACAUCGAAGACUAGCUUCUCAUAACUGUGGAUUAAAAAGAAUUGCUUCCUUUGAUCAGUCAUCAAAUUUGCAUUUACGAACCCUUUUGUUCUUCGACUCGGAAAAUGAAUCCGCCGAAAUAGGGGAGUUACAAUUUUUGUACAAAAAAUUGAGAUUGUUGAGAGUGUUAGAUCUUGAGGAGAUCAUAUUCAAACAUUCCCAAGAAGAAACAAAGCAUGUAAGCUUAGUUGAUGCAAUAGAGAAGUUGAUUCACUUGAGGUACUUUAGGAUAAGUGGCUCCAAAAUAAACAAGAUUCCACCAUCCAUAGGUAACUUGCAAACCCUACAAACCCUGGAAUUUUCCCAAUGGUAUGGCCCAAUUAUGUUACCAGAUGAGAUAUGCAAUGCAAAGCAGUUGAGACAUUUAAUUGGAUGGUUCAAGUAUCCUUUCCAAGUGAAAAACCUAACAAACCUUCAAACUCUAAAGUACAUUGCGGUUGAUGAUCAGAUGGAAUUUAAUCCAUCAUGGGAUUUAAUCAAUCUUCACGAGCUUUGCGUAGCAUUUGAUGGAGAAAGCAAGGGGUUCACUCUAGACUCUAUUGGUAGAUUAAGAAACCUCCGAACAUUAUUUCUAGAGAUUGCGGACACUGUUUGGAAUCCUACACUGCAACCACUUUCUCACUGCCAGCACCUCAUUCAAUUGAAGUUACAUGGAGAAAUAGGAAAGCUACCGACAGAGAUGCACGAAUUCUUACCGAAUCUCAAAUACCUCUCCCUGUCUGGAGAGAAAAUGGAGGAAGAUCCUAUGCCGUCAUUAGAGAAACUUCCAAAGCUGACAAUUCUUGACUUGUUGAAUUACACCGUAUAUAAAUUUGCUUGCACUGCAGGAGGGUUCCCUCAACUCGAAAUCCUAUUUCUUGUCCAGUGUCACGUGAAGGAGUUACAAGUGGAUGAAGGGGGAAUGCCUCUGCUUCGGGGUUUGGGUUUGUACAGUGACAAGGUUAGCAUCCCAGAGAGAUUAAGGUCCAUCCCUGUCCCCAAAAAUUGGGAUGUCGCAUCGGUUGAUGAGUGGCCCUACUAACAAAGAAAACAAGUUACAGGAAUGAAAGUUGGAGGAAACAAAGGAAGUGGUUAGUGAUGCUUGUGUGCCUGUGUGCUAUUGGAGACUUGGAGUUUUUUUUAUUUAUUUAAUUUUUUUUCCUUCUAUUUGUUGUCAUGUUGGCGUGCUUGUCAUGUUUGUUGUAUUUGGAUUUCCGAUGGCUUCUCUUUUUAUUAUUUAUGUAUAAAAGACUGAUGUGUGGUUAUGUUACUGCUACUAUUGGCUAUUACUUUUUUAAUUGUGAUGAUAUAUAUUGUUAUGAACAUCUAUUCUAUUGUCAAAA